AUGGUACGUAAAGACUCGUCCAAGAGGACUUCGAUUGCUAGUAAGAUCAAGGAGUUUAGGGAGGAACAGGAACCCAAGAACGACUACGAAGAGAAUCCUCUUCUCAAAUUGCUGCAAACCACAAAGAAGGAGAAGCAGAAGAACAAGACUUCCGACUUUAACGAGAGGAUCUUGGCGAAGACCACAUUCAAUCUUUCCGGUGGGAUCUCCAAAUCUGCAACUAGAAGAAGGAAGAGAAAGGCUAAGGAGAACCUCAAGCCUAAGAUGGAUGAUUUGCUUCUGAGUCUUCCAACAGAAACGCUUAAUCUCGUUGACGUCAAGCAGAGUUCUGGUUUCAUUGCUGCAAAGAACAAGGAUGCCAACAAGCCUAAUCCUCAAAAGCAAGGCGGCCACGCAAAACUAUUGCAGAUGGAGAACAGACAAUUCAAUAAGGUGCUCACGGAUAAGCAGUUCAAGGCUUCUCCGUUUGAUGCUUUGAAGCAGGCUAUCCAGAACAAUCAAAGGUGA